AUGACCCCUGGCUGGGUGCUGCUCUGCCUGCUCCCGGCGGUGCGGGCCGCGGACGAGCGGAGCCCCGGGGCGGCCCUAGCGGGUCCCAAUGCCUCGCACUUCUUCUGGAACAACUAUACCUUCUCUGACUGGCAAAACUUCGUGGGCCGGAGGCGCUAUGGGGCCGAGUCCCAGAACCCCACGGUGAAAGCCCUGCUUAUCGUGGCUUACUCUUUCAUCAUCGUCUUCUCGCUCUUCGGCAACGUUCUGGUCUGUCAUGUCAUCUUCAAAAACCAGCGGAUGCACUCGGCCACCAGCCUCUUCAUCGUCAACUUGGCUGUUGCAGACAUCAUGAUCACGCUCCUCAACACCCCCUUCACUUUGGUCCGCUUUGUGAACAGCACAUGGGUGUUCGGGAAAGGCAUGUGCCACGUCAGCCGCUUCGCGCAGUACUGCUCCCUGCACGUCUCCGCCCUGACGCUGACAGCCAUCGCUGUGGACCGCCACCAGGUCAUCAUGCAUCCGUUAAAACCCCGGAUCUCAAUCACAAAAGGUGUCAUCUACAUCGCAGUCAUCUGGACCAUGGCAACGUUCUUUUCACUCCCACAUGCUAUCUGCCAGAAAUUAUUUACCUUCAAGUACAGUGAGGACAUCAUCCGCUCCCUGUGCCUGCCAGACUUCCCUGAGCCAGCCGAUCUCUUCUGGAAGUACCUGGACUUGGCCACUUUCAUCCUGCUUUACAUUCUCCCCCUCCUCAUCAUCUCCGUGGCCUACGCCCGUGUGGCCAAGAAGCUGUGGUUGUGCAACACCAUCGGCGACGUGACCACGAAGCAGUACCUGGCCCUGCGGCGCAAGAAGAAGAAGACCAUUAAGAUGCUGAUGCUGGUGGUGGUCCUCUUUGCCCUCUGCUGGUUCCCCCUCAACUGCUACGUCCUCCUGCUGUCCAGCAAGGUCAUCCGCACCAACAACGCCCUCUACUUUGCCUUCCACUGGUUUGCCAUGAGCAGUACCUGCUACAACCCCUUCAUCUACUGCUGGCUCAAUGAGAACUUCAGGGUCGAGCUGAAGGCGCUGCUGCGCAUGUGCCAGAGGUCGCCCAAGCCUCACGAGGGACAGCCGCCCUCCCCUGUGCCUUCCCUCAGGGUGGCCUGGGCGGAGAGGAGCAGCGGCCGCAGGGCUCCUCCAGCCAACAGCCUCCUGCCGUCCUCCCAGCUGCAGUCUGGGAGAACAGACCUGGCGUCCGUGGAGCCCAUUAUGACGAUGACUUAG